CGUCUUCGGAGCUGGGAGCCUCUUCGCGUGAGCGCUUUUCCAGAGCCCGCCUCCCACCCACAGCUGGACCUGCCCAUUUCCACCAGUACAUGCACAUCAUUGGUCCGCAGAAGUUUCGUUUCUCCGUUUCUACGAUUUUAGUGGACGAAGGACAUGUCAUUAAACGAAAAAAAACGCGUGCUUUGAUUGUUGGAAAUUGAUGCUCCCAAAAACUCAGGAUGAUUACUGUUCAAGCUGGAAAGGAUGCUGUGGGUAAAUACGCAAAACAUUUGCACGCUUUUGGAACAAGAAAACUUUUAUUGCAGCUGGUCAUCUUAUCGUUUUCAUUUUUCUGUAACAUCCAGACGUCUAAUAAGCAGACAGAAGCUCCGCGGCGGUUGCUGUCUCAAAGGGUGAUUUCAAAGAGUGACCUUGCGUAGAGGAAAAUCUGAAGUUCAGAUGCAGAAAUCGGCAGCCGCCUUCGGGAUGCUCGGCCAGCAUGAAGCCCCCGCGUCCGUUCAGCUUCCCGGCCUCAGUUUCUCCGUGUAUAGUGUCAAGAGAAGCGGGGAAGGUGCUGCCGAGUCCAGCAGGACCUCCGGCGACACCGCCAACGCCAAGACCCCCGCUCCGUGUGACCGCUACCCCCAAGCGCGGAAAGCGGCCCGGGCCGCCUUCCGUCCGGACGCAGCGCAAGGUAACGGGGGCAGCCAUCUCUUCUCCCCUGGGAAGAAAGAGGGGGCAGAGGUGGGAGCUGCGAGUGGAGAGUGCGUGCUGGGGGGGCCCGGGCACGCAGGCAGCCAGCCAGGAGAUGCACAUUUUACCGCUGCCUGUGAACACGCCACACCGGCCCUCUGUCUUCAUGGCAACCAGCACCAUGACAGGUCCUCCGGCUUCCCGGGGGCAUUCCUAGCACUGGGGGUCGGCCGCCCGCCUCAGCACAUCAAACAGGAGCGGUACAAGCCCGCGCUGGGGGUUCCAUGCAGCUCCGAACUUGUCCCCUGCGCUGAGGGGGCGGGGACAGGUGGGGGCCUCGCCCCUCCCAAGGGCACACUGUCAUCCUGCUCAUUUAAUAAUGAAGGCUGCCCCUCCCCUGGGUCUCUGUCCCCUGCCCGUCAGUCGGUGCGGGCUCAGCAUGCCGGCGGCCUGAGGAGGCGGGGCCUGUCGGCGGCCCCGGUCAGUGCCGCUGCUACGGAAGGGAUCGAUAUCACCGCCAUCAUCUGCUCGCCGCAGAUGUCCGUGGUGGCGCGCGUCAACGGCCUGAGGACUGGCUCCCCUGGCCACCCGCUCCCACUCAGCCCACGGCCUCGUUCGCCGGCCCCCUGCUUGCUCUCCUUCUGCUCCACCUCCUCUUCUUCAUCCUCCCUGUCGGCGGAGCCUGGCGACCCAGAGCGGAGUCUCAGCGAGGGCCGGGGCCCCAUGCAGCCGCCACCGCGCCCCCCCUCCCCUGGCAGCGGCCGAGCCGGCUGAGGCCUGGGCUUCCUGCGGCCGGACGUGCAGCCGGGGCUCUUGGCGAGCUGCCAGCGUGGUGGCGGCUCCCUGAAACAGGAGCCCAACGAUGAGCUCUCGCCGGCGGAGGACGAGCUGUAUCUGCCGCCGCCCAGCCUCCCCCCGCCAUACCACCUGCACCAGUACUUCACCCCAGGCAUGGGCUCCCUGCUGCCAGUACCUGCCGCGCUGCCCGCCAAGGCCCCCGGCCCGGUCGGAGCUCCGGACAGUGAGGAGGACGCCGGUGCCCCUGGGGACCGGCAGGCUUGCCGCUGGAUCGACUGCAGCGCUGCCUACGGCCAGCAGGAGGAGCUGGUGAGGCACAUCGAAAAAGUGCACAUCGACCAGCGCAAGGGUGAGGACUUCACCUGCUUCUGGGCCGGCUGCGUGCGCCGCUACAAGCCCUUCAAUGCCCGCUACAAGCUGCUGAUCCACAUGCGAGUCCACUCCGGGGAGAAGCCCAACAAGUGCAUGUUCGAGGGUUGCAGCAAGGCCUUCUCACGCUUAGAGAACCUGAAGAUCCACCUGCGAAGUCACACGGGCGAGAAGCCGUACCUCUGCCAGCACCCUGGCUGCCAUAAGGCCUUCAGCAACUCCAGCGACCGCGCUAAGCACCAGCGCACCCACCUGGACACGAAGCCCUACGCCUGUCAGAUCCCAGGCUGCUCCAAGCGCUACACGGACCCCAGCUCAUUACGGAAGCACGUGAAGGCCCACUCAGCCAAGGAGCAGCAGGUGCGUAAGAAGCUGCGACCAUGCCCUCACAUGGAGUCGGAGGUCCUCGGCGAGUGCCUGGCCAUGCAUCACCUGCACAGCUCCAGCUCCCCGCAGCACACCCCCAACGGGAAGGCGACCCGCUCUCCGGUCCUGGGCCAGGACGUAUACACAGCAAUGUAUGCCGGCCCGCACAGCGGGGCCACACCCACACCGCUCCCAUCCAAUCACAGCUUGGCGUCCACGCAGCCUGGUCUGGAAGCCUGCGUCGGGGGCCCCCACAGCCACCUGCCCCCCCUGUCUGCUGUAGAGAACACCCGCGACGGGCUCGGAACUCCCCUCCUGCCCCCAGGCAUCAGACCCAUCCGGACCCCUGGACCAUCCAUGCUGCCUUUGGACAAACAGACUCCGCCUACUGACCAGCACCACCUUCCCACCCAGCACAAACCCUACACCCACUUCAGCGACCCCUCAGGCCAUGAAGGUUACCAGGGCAGCUUUCACAGUUGCUUCCAUUACGGAGACAGUUACAGAAUGGAACCAUCUGUGAGUGAUGUCCAUGUAUCCGGAGAUGGCCACUGCUUUAGCUCCCACCGGCAGAAUGGCUACCCUGUGUCCAUCUCCAGCGGCCCGGCCAGUGGCUUCGGUGUGGUCCGAGAUAUGCAGGAGUUCACCUGCAGCCCAGAGGAGACCAUCUUCUUCCAGGUGGGCGGCUUUGACCGCUGCUUGAACCAGAUCUCCUCGGUCUACACGGAGACGUGAGAGGCAGGGCGUGUUGUGGGAUCCUAUCAGCGUAUCGCCGCCCUGCCUUGUCCCUCCUCCUCCUCUUCCAUACCCUCCUCACACUCCUCUUCCUCCUCUUCACACUCCUCACUCUCCUUCUUCUCAUCCUCCUCAUCCCCUUUCUCCUCCAUAUCCUCCUUAUCCUCUUCAUCCUCCUCAUCCUCUCCUGCCCCUGCCUGCUCUCUCUGAGGGCUACUGAUUUAGCUCCCUAUUCUUUUUGGAACUACUGCAUGUGUCUGUAUUGAAAAUGUAUCUUUUUGCCGUGUUUUGUCAUUGAAGCGGAUUUUUUGCUGUCUGUUGUGAGUGUGUUACCACUUAGGCUGAAUUUGUUUUUGUGUCUGUGAAGCUGAUUGGGAUAGAUAUGUGGCUUUAGGGAACACUGAUAGCCCAACAAAAUCAGUCAGCCAUCUCAAACAACUUCUGGCAUCAUGUAAAAAAUGUACAGUUUGUUUAAAACAAUUAUUCUAAAUUGUUCAUAUAUUUUCAUGUUUUAAAUAAAUGCUUGUUCAAUUAU